AGAGGAUCUAGAAGAGAUUUUCAGCUACGUAAGGCGUGGAUUUUGAUUUGAAACUUUCAGCGACUGGAAGUGAAUGGAAAAAGUGGUAGGUUGUGUAUCCAUAUCGGCAUGUCGUGCUUGGUGUUACGUUGUAGAGGUAAAUCGAAGUAUCUAUCACAGCGCAUCAAUUUCACCUGAUUUCGCUAUGCAUGAGACAUGAUGCGUUUUGAUUUUGACCAAAGACGGGCUCACUUUCCGCAAGUGCCUACUCUACGUGCGUAGCUUAUUGUUAUUUCGUAUUUAUUGUCCUCGUGUUUAUGAUUGAUGUCUCUAUAAUAUUUUUGUAGGCGGAAGUCGAGGAAUGGCCGCCGAUGCCACGGAUCACGACGGAGGCCGCCUGUUGCCCCAGGACACGGGUCUCGUUGAGGCCUGGUUGCGCGGCUACAUCCACCGCCUAUCAGCAGUUGAGGUUUUGGAGUCCGACUUACGCAGCGUUGUGUUGAAUUAUUUCCUUGUCACCUAUGAAAGCCUCAGGCUGGAAAUCCUCAAAGUGAAUAAUAAUUUGUAAUGCAGAAAAACGACUUCAGUUGGAGCACCAUUUAUAGUCGGCGCAUGACAAAUUUCCCGAGCACUCAAAACGUGUCUGUCAUGCUAGUUAGGCAAAGGGGUGCCCUUCUCUCAUGCUAAUCAGAAGCACAAUAGUCUGUACCCGUAGAAGCACAAUAGUCGGCCUCCAUUGCGUUCUCUGCAAUACAGUCUCUUUGGUGUCGCAUUUCAUGCAUCACAAAUUAUUUCCACUUUGAGGAUUUCAUCCAUUCUGAGGGUGUCAUAUCACCGGCAACCAAGAGGCGGCCGAGGCUUGGGAGGAAGAAGCCGGACUCCGUGUUAUGCAUUGCAAAUAUGUCUGGGUCUGGAAGGAUGUACUGACUUGUGAUGCUGCAUUUGGAUACUCCUAAAAUCUGUGUUGCAUGAACAGCAGAAGAGGUCAGCGUUCGCCACGGGGUCGAGAGGGCAUUUCCCAUGCAGUAUGGGCAACAUCAGGAAGCCCUCGCAAAAUCUGUGAUGCUAGAGCGUGCAUCCCAGACGUCCAGAGUCAUGCAAAAUGUGCAAGACACCCUCUAGACCCAGACAUAUUUGCAUUUCAUACGUGUGGCCUGCUCCAAUUCAAAUGCUACAUCAAAUGGCCCGACUAGUGGUUCAUCAGCCUCGUCCUCGUCUUCAUCAAAAUUUGUUCCGCGAUCACGCGAAGAUCAUCAUGAUCAAGAUGUCUCUCGAGGUUGUACUAGACACAACAAGAACUUUAAAGCGAACUACAACGGGAGGUCGCGUUUCUUCCAGCCACAGGGAGACGAUGAAAAGGGAGUUGAUGCUGCAGCCUUUGGGUUUGGCAGCAUCUGCCCAGCCGGGCUAUCAUCGCUGCUGGAGAUGGGCAGCAGCACCACGACGUCCUAUGAAAAGAAUACCAAAGGAAAAAAUAUUACUACAACAUCCGCAGAUCGCGCUAGUACACUUCCCGUCGCGAAAAUGCACCUGAGGAAGAAUGUGCGCAACGCGCUUUUGCGAAACAACCACACUGAGGCCAUCCGCCUUCUGGACGAUAUCUCGCCGAGGAUUCUAGGGCUGCGGCCGCGCGUGCACUUCACGCUGCUCCGGAGGCAAUUUCUGCAGCUUCUGUUGGACACGAACACAACGAAAAGUGUGACCACCACGGCGCUGCAGUUUGCUUAUGAGAAGUAUACGCUACGAUGAACUCAUUUUUAAUAUUGCAAGAAUUGCUCGACCGAGUUGUUACAUGACGUGUUGUAGUCGCUCGUUUGUCUUGAACAUGAUGAACCACAGCUGCAAAUAUAAGCCAAUCGAACAACUCACCAGUCUGACGCCGUUCGUGGAACGCCACCCGGAGUUAUCACAACAGGAAAAAGUGUUUUUAACGUUAACGGAAUUUGUGAUGCAGCAAUGCAUCACUGAACGCAACGUGCCUAAAUUUGUCACGCAUAGCAUGCUUAUUGGGCUACAUUUGUGAUGCAUGGUUGCAAUCUGUGAAAACCGUUAACGUUAGCACCUUUGUGCUGGAUAGGAGUUGCUGGAGAAGCUCGAGGCCUCGAUGAAGUUCUAUCGCGUGGUCAAGCGUUACAUUCUCAGAUGUUAAAUGAAUUUGUCACGCAAGAGCCGCAACAGUCAAAGGCGCAAGCUUGCUGCUUGUUUUGCAUCACAGAUUUGGCACGGAUUUAGAUGCUGCGUAGCCCUUGUUCGGAGAUUUGUCAUGCGAAGCAGCUUGAUCAUCUAUUCUACCGGCGCAAGAUAGUUCUGCAUGGCAAAUUCAUGCAACAGUUCAGAAUGUAAUGUUUGAGAACGCCAUAAGUUCCUGACCUAUGAUCCAACCGCAGCAGGCAGCAAGAGUGCGCAGAACAACGCCCUUCGCGAGGGCAUCAAGGAGCAGCUUGAAACGGACAACGAAGAGAUCGCGGACCGGAUCGACCAUUUGAUCCUGCAGCAUUUUCACCUUUCGCCGGUGUCGCAGCUCGAGUUUCUGUGUCGAAACGUACUAUGGUCCGACCGAUCGCUCUACUCGCAGUUCGAAUCCGACCAGGUGAUGAUCGUUCGGGGGCUGAGUACUGGGCUGGAGGAAGGAGCAAAGGAGAAACUGGGAAGCAGCAAGAUGAACGCGAGCACGAGUACAAGAUGUAAGACAACUACUGGUAAUGCGGUGAUGCUGCAACCAUCCCCAACUGAAGAAAGAUGCAUGGAGACCGAAACGGGCGAUGCGGAAGAUCGCGCGGAAGCGGCAGGUGCAGAUGUAGAAUCAAGGACGACACCAGCAGCAGGUGGCGCGACGACCACUCCAAAAGUUGUACUAUCAUCGAAGAUGAUAAAACUGACAAAGAGGAAUGGUCGAGAUGGGAAUCGGCAACUGGACGACCAUUCAUGCGCGGGAAGAUCAGGUGCAGCUACUGCAGAGAUGAAACUGAUAUUGACAGACACUGUUCCAAAACUGGAUACGCAUUGCUUAGCGCGCCCUUGUGUAUUGCUUGGCACAACUUCAACCACGGACCGUGUCCUGCCCAAUAAGUCUUGAAGCUGAAGAUGCAAGAAGCGCGUCAAUCGACAGCAUUGCGUUUCCUCCCAUUUUAGAAAUAUAAUACGAAACGCCUGGCAUGCUUGUGUCCCUGCAU